AUGGAUGAACUUGAAAAAACAACUAAUACUCAAAAUCUUGAACCAAAAUCUGGAAAAGUAACAGAUGAUAAAUUAGGUCUAUGUAAAACAGCACUCGGCUGUGGUUUCUCAUAUAGUAAGGUUCCUACUGAUGAUGAAUACCAUGACACAGAUGGUAAUCCAGUGCUUUGCAGUGAUGAUGGAAAUCAAAGUUUAGUUAAUUCAACUAUUUUCUGUGGAGGUGUGACAACUAAAUUUUCUACUCUAACCGAAAUAUUGAAGGAAUAUAAAACAAAUAAUUGGAUAAUAUUAACAUUUGGAAUACUUUGCAUAAUUUUAUAUUUUUGGUUGUAA